UAAGGAAGUCACAGCUGAGUUGUGUCCAAAUCUUGAGUCAAUCUUUCCAGCUUCUAUUGCCAAAGGUCUUUUUCGGCUUCAAACAUUGCGUAUUUCUGAUUGUGGGAUAGAAUACAUUGUUGGUAAGGAGGAAGGAUUGGAGACGGCACCACCUAAAUUCCAAUUCCAUCAAUUGGAUAUGAUAAUACUCCGAAACAUGAUCAACUUUGUGAGUUUCUAUCAAGGACUUCAUACCUGUAGUUUUCCUUUAUUAACAACUUUAAUUGUCAGCCAGUGUAUGAAACUGAAGGUUAUUGCUCCGGAGUUCUUCAACGUUCAAGAAACGCAUGGCUCUGUGGACAUAGAUACAUUAUAUGGACGAUUUAGAAUCCGAUACAAUGCUAGUGGAAUAGAAUAUUAUGUAGGAGAGUUAAUUCUAGAAGGAUUGCCAAAGUUGACGCAGUUGAUGGAUGAGAGCUCGCAGGACCAUACUUCCUUUCAAAAUUUUAUAAUUUUACGAGUUCGGGAUUGUAACAUGUUGAAGAACUUAGUCCCAUCCUCAAUAUCAUUUCAAAAUUUAGAAAUGCUGACAGUCUCUCGGUGCCAUGGAAUGCUAAAUUUAAUAUCUUCCCAAACUGCCAAAAGCAUGAACCGUCUGAAAGAGAUGAAGAUAAGUGCUUGCCAAAGAUUGACGGAAAUUAUCUCAGAUCAGCUGGAAGGUGAUCAUGAUACAGAAAGUGGUGAAAUUGUUUUGAGCGGAUUGAAAACUUUGGAAAUUUAUAUGCUACCAAGCCUCACAAGCUUCAAUUUAGGGAAAUAUAUGAUAGGAUUUCCAGAGUUGGAAAGUCUAGUUGUAAAUGGGUGCUCUGAGAUGCAAUGUUUCUCUGUUCAUGGUAUUAUAAGCACCCCAAAACUGAAUGAACUUCGACUGGAUGGUAAGACAACCAAGAGAGUCGACAACAACACCAUAGAUAUUAAUAGCAUCAUAAAACAUCACUUCAAGAACCAAGCAGGUUAUUGUGGAGACUAAUGGCUCAUUGGGAACUCCAUGCCUCAAGAAAUAUGGCUCGGAAAGGAGGUAUAAUAUUAAACAACAAGUAUAUUUAAAUUAGCUUUACACAAAUUUAUUAUUAUUGAAAAACAUUUAAGUGGGAUACAUUUCUAUUACAUUUAUCCUUAUAGAGUAUUAAUUUAAUCAUGAUCCUUUAGAAAAAUGAAUAUAUUUAAUUAUAAUUUCUAUUCUUGGAUUACUGCAGAUACAUGUUGAUGGCAGAAUUUGAACUUUAUCAUCACAUAUUUGUACAUUCUAAGAUCUAUUCCAUUUUUCUACAUUAAGCCUUCUCAGAGUAGCCAAAAAAC